CAACUGUUUUCAAUUGACCACAAAUGUGAAUCAGCUAUCCUGGACCUAGACAUUAUUCUGUAGCUUACAGACCAUAUAAUCAGAUCAGCCAACUUUGUCUUCUGUGUUGCACUAUAGCUCUGAGACAAGCUAUAAGAUUACAGUAACAACACAACAAAUAUUUUAAGAAUGAAUUGUGACACGAGCACACCUAUAUCAUAUGUCCUGGAUUAUGGUGAACUCAACAUUACAGAGAUCUAUGACUAUAAUGAUUCGUUUGACUUUUCUCAAAUAGUGCCACCAUGUGAUAAGGGCAGAUUAAGAACAGUUGCACAGUCAUGCUUGCCCACUGUUUUGUCUCUGAUAUGUGCCCUGGGUCUUAUAGGUAAUGGCUUGGUUAUUGUUACAUACGUGUUUUAUAAGAACUCAAAGUCCAUGACUGACGUUUAUCUUCUCAACGUUGCAGUAGCAGACAUAUUUCUUGUGCUUACUCUCCCGUUUUGGGCUGCAUAUCAUCAUGCACAGACGUGGCAGUUUGGCACUCAUGUUUGUCGAAUGGUGAAAGGACUGUAUGACAUUAACUUCUACUGCAGCAUGCUGUUGCUGGCAUUUAUCAGCAUUGAUCGAUAUAUCGCAAUUGUACAAGCAACACGGUCCUUCAGGCUGCGGGCAAAAACAUUUGUCUACAGCAGAGCAGUCUGUGCAGUUAUCUGGUGUGCUUCUGUUCUUGUGUCUGUCCCAACAUUUAUGUACAGCGAAGCAUAUUGUUUCAGUUCAAACAGAUUUAUUUGUGACUUUAGGUAUCCUAUGAAUAAUGCAUUAGUGUUAAAAUUGGUAGCUAUAAUUUUACCACUGUGCCUUGGAUUUUUGUUUCCCUUGUUAAUUAUGUUUUUUUGCUAUGCAUUUGUCAUUGGAACCUUGCUCCAGGCUAAAAACUUUCAGAAGCACAAGGCAGUACGUGUUGUGAUUGCUGUUGUAGUCGUAUUUUUAGUUUGCAAUGUUCCAUACAAUGUGAUUUUACUUAUUGAAGCCAUAAGACUAGGCAAAAAAAACUUAACAUGCGAGGUAGAGCAGAGAUUAACAAUAGUAACUUACAUAACAGAGAGUCUGGCAUAUUUUCAUUGCUGUCUUAAUCCUUUACUUUAUGCUUUCAUAGGUGUGAGAUUUAGAAACUAUUUUCUAAGGAUUCUGCAGGACCUCUGGUGCUUGAGUAAGAAAUAUAUUACAGUAAGGCGUAGUUCUAGAUUAUCUUCUGAUGUGUUCAGCUCUAAACAGACAAAUGAGAUGUAUGACAGUGAGAAUGCAUCAUCUUUUACGAUGUAAUUUAUGGAUGUCUGGCUUCUGUAAGCAGGUAAAAAGAAAACCUGAGUAGGUAGUGUGCUAAUAUUUUACAAUCUGUUUCUGAAAGAAACCAGUCAUUCAGUUCAGCAUCAAUUAAAAUUAACAGUUAUUACAGCUCACACAUUUUACUACCUAGCUCCCAUUUUUAACUGCUGAGAAGUUGAACAUUUUGCCAGGUGAAAUACCGUCAUGAAAAUAUAAUGGUACCAACCUGUAUUUUAAGAGAUGUCUGUGAUUCUAAUCAAAUGUCUUUUAAAAUGCAUAGAAUGUAUAUUAGAAAGCUUUUAAGUAACCGUGUUAAACACAUAAAGUAUCCUUUAUGUUUUGCCAUACCUGAAUGACCAUCAGUAUAUUUAAACAAAUGUAAAGUUCCUAUAAAGAUCUGUUUUCUCACACUGA